UGUUUCCAUCAACUCCAACAUCCGCGUGUAUUGGCGAUGGAGGCAAAACUCAAAAGCUUGAAGGUGGCGGACCUAAGGGAGCUGUUGAAGGGCCAGACUUUGCCGACGAAAAUAACCAAAAACGACCUCAUUACGCGUAUAAUGGCGAGCAAGGAGGCUCAAGAGGCUUUCAACGCAAAAUACGCUCCCAAAGACGACCUUCUCGCCCCGCCAGAAGAUCUCGACUGGGAUGCAGACCAGGUUGCUGCCGAACCUGAAGUGGUCGCAGUUACUGAGCCAGAAACACCUGCACCCACACCUCCGGAGCCCGCGCCCAAAACCACUGUAGAACCCAUUGCUACCGAAACUGUUGUCUCGCCACCUUCCACGACCGAAAAGGCCGAAGACCCAGAACUUGCAAAACGAAAGCAACGCGCUGAACGCUUUGGUAUCCCACUUGUCGAGCCACGGAAGCCUGUUGAGAAGCAACCCAAGAAAACUACGCCCACCAAAGCAGCCAAUGGGAAUUUGAAAGAGACUGAAGAGAAGCUGAAUUCGCGUGCUGCUCGAUUCGGAACGGGAAAGAAACGUCCAGCGCCAGCUGUCGAGGAAGUUGAUGCAGAAGAGCAAGAAAGAAGACAAAAACGAGCAGAGCGUUUUGGGAUUAAACCAUAA